CCCGUGCACCCGGCCGCCGGCCGCCCCGUGACGAGCGGGAGGGCCGGCGGGGGACCCCGGGGAGCGGAACAGCCUGGCGGCGGCCGCCCCCUCUCCGCGCUCCCCGCGCCCUGCUCCCUCGGCCGCGGCCUCUGACACGAGAAAGAGAUGCUGGUUGCAACUUUUGGAGAUCCCUGUUUUUUAUGGAACACAAUACUAUAAAAUUUUCAUAAGAUUCCUUGGCAAUAACAUACACUUGUGAUGGACCAUAGAAACACUGCUAUGUUAGGAUUGGGUUCUGAUUCCGAAGGAUUUUCAAGAAAGAGCCCUUCUGCCAUCAAUACUGGCACACUGGUCAGCAAAAGAGAAAUAGAGUUAGAGAGCAACACAAAGGAGGAAGAGGAUCUUCUCAAGUGGAAUCGGGAAAGAAAAACUGAAGCCGGGAAAGAUGAUUGUUUGGCUGCUGCACAACAACAGUUUUCAGUGAAAGAAACAAACUUUUCAGAGGGAAAUUUAAAAUUGAAGAUUGGCCUUCAAGCUAAAAGAACUAAAAAACCUCCAAAAAACCUGGAAAACUAUGUGUGCCGACCUGCCAUAAAAACAACUAUCAAACACCCAAGGAAAACACUUAAAAGUGGAAAAAUGACUGAUGAGAAGAAUGAACACUGCCCUUCAAAACGGAAAGAGAGAGAGAGGGAGAGAUACCACAGUACCACUCUACCAUCUGUGGAGCUUCCCCCAAUGUCUUGGUGUUCCCAUGUGGUGCUGGGGCUAAAAUCUACGACCGCUUACAUGGACUCCUCAAAAUUGUACAAGAAAGCAGGUGAUUCAGCAGCCAUUGAAUGCCACUCUGAAGAAAGCAUCCAUCUUCAUUCACAGGGAGAAAAUAAUUCUUUGUCUAAGAAGCUUUCUCCAGUACACUCAGAAAUGACAGAUUAUAUGAAUGCAGCAUCCCUUGUUGGUAGUCGGGAUCCCGAUUUUAAAGACAGAGCAUUACUUAAUGGAGGAACAACUGUAACAGAAAAGUUGGCACAGCUCAUUGCAACUUGUCCUCCCUCCAAGUCUUCCAAGACAAAACCGAAGAAGUUAGUCACUGGCACUACUGCAGGAUUGGUUAGUAAGGAUUUGAUCAGGAAAGCAAGUGUCAGCACUGUAGCUGGAAUUAUACAUAAGGACUUAAUUAAAAAACCAACUAUCAGUACAGCAGUUGGAUUGGUAACUAAAGAUCCUGGGAAAAAGUCAGUAUUUAAUGCAACAGUAGGGUUGGUCAAUAAAGACUCCAUGAAAAAAUUGGGAACUGGCACUACAACAGUAUUCAUUAAUAAAGACUUGGGCAAAAAGCCAGGGACUAUCACUACAGUAGGACUGCUAAGCAAGGAUUCAGGAAAGAAGCUAGGAAUUGGUAUUGUUCCAGGUUUAGUGAAUAAGGAAUCUGGAAAGAAGUUAGGACUUGGCACUGUAGUUGGACUGGUUAAUAAAGACUUGGGGAAGAAAUUGGGUUCUACUGUUGGCCUCAUGGCCAAGGACUGUGCAAAAAAGAUUGUAGCAAGUUCAGCAAUGGGGUUGAUUAAUAAGGACAUUGGGAAAAAAAUAGUGAGUUGUCCUAUGGCAGGACUGAUCAGUAGAGACUCCAUCAACCUUAAAGCUGAAGCACUGCUCCCCCCUCAGGAACUGCAUAAGGUAUCUUGUAGUACAAACAUCAGUAGUCAUGAAAAUCAAGACAUUUCUGAGUCCAUGAAAGACAGUGCCACCGGCAAAAUUUUUGAGAAGAAUGUUUUACGCCAAAGUAAAGAAAAUAUCUUGGAAAAGUUCUCAGUUCGAAGAGAAAUUAAUAAUUUGGAAAAACAAAUGUUUAAUGAAGGAACAUGCAUUCAGCAAGACAGUUUCUCACCCAUUGAAAGGGGGCCUUAUGAAAUUUCAAAGCAUGAAAAGCAACCUCCUGUGUAUUGUACUUCUCCAGACUUUCAGAUGGGAGGUGCUUCUGAUAUGUCCACAGCUAAAUCACCUUUUAGUGCAGUGGGAGAAAGCAAUCUUCCUUCCCCAUCACCUACUGUAUCUGUUAAUCCUUUAACCAGAAAUUCCCCUGAAACAUCUUCACAGAUGGCUCAUAAUCCAUUACAUUUAAGUCCUACCACAGAUCUAAUGGAAGACAUUUCUGAAUCUGUUGGGAAGAGACAAUUUACUUCUGAAAGUACCCACUUGAACAUUAGUCAUAGAUCCAUGGGUCAUAGCAUAAAUAUUGAAUGUAAAGGGAUUGAUAAAGAGCUAAAUGAUUCAAGAACUACUCAUAUUGAUAUACCAAGAAUAAGCUCUUCCCUGGGAAAAAAGCCAAGUUUGACUUCUGAAUCCAGUAUUCAUACAAUUACCCCUUCGGUUGUUAACUUCACCAGUUUAUUUAGUAACAAGCCGUUUCUAAAACUUGGUGCAGUAGCUGCAUCUGAUAAACACUGCCAAGUCACUGAAAGCCUAAGCUCUAGUUUGCAGUCCAAACCAUUGAAAAAAAGGAAAGGAAGAAAACCACGAUGGACUAAAGUGGUAGCAAGAAGCACAUGCCGGUCUCCAAAAGGGCUAGAAUUAGAAAGAUCAGAGCUUUUUAAAAAUGUUUCCUGUAGUUCACUAUCAAGUAGUAAUUCUGAACAGGCCAAGUUUAUGAAAAACAUUGGAUCAUCUUCAUUUGUAGAUCAUGACUUCCUUAAACGCCGAUUGCCAAAGUUGAGCAAAUCCACAACUCCAUCUCUUGCUCUUUUAACUGACAGUGAAAAAACAUCUCAUAAAUCUUUUGCUACUCACAAACUCUCCUCCAGUAUGUGUGUCUCUAGUGACCUCUUGUCAGAUAUUUAUAAGCCCAAAAGAGGAAGACCUAAAUCUAAGGAGAUGCCUCAACUGGAAGGCCCACCUAAAAGGACUUUAAAGAUCCCUGCCUCUAAAGUUUUUUCUUUACAGUCUAAGGAAGAACAAGAACCCCCAAUUUUACAGCCAGAAAUUGAAAUUCCUUCCUUCAAACAGAGUAUAUCUCUGUCUCCUUUUCCAAAAAAGAGAGGCAGGCCUAAGAGGCAAAUGAGGUCACCAGUCAAGAUGAAGCCACCUGUGUUAUCAGUGGCUCCAUUUGUUGCCACUGAAAGUCCAAGCAAGAUAGAGUCUGAGAGUGACAACCAUAGAAGUAGCAGCGAUUUCUUUGAGAGUGAGGAUCAGCUUCAGGAUCCUGAUGACCUAGAUGACAGUCAUAGAUCUACUGUCUGUAGCAUGAGUGACCUUGAAAUGGAACCAGAUAAAAAAAUUACCAAGAGAAACAAUGGACAGUUGAUGAAAACAAUAAUCCGCAAAAUAAAUAAAAUGAAGACAUUAAAGAGAAAGAAACUGUUGAAUCAGAUUCUUUCAAGUUCUGUAGAGUCAAGUAAAGGGAAAGUGCAAUCCAAACUCCAUAACACAGUGUCAAGUCUUGCUGCCACAUUUGGCUCUAAAUUGGGACAACAGAUAAAUGUUAGCAAGAAAGGAACCAUUUAUAUAGGAAAGAGGAGGGGUCGAAAACCAAAAACUGUCUUAAAUGGCCUUCUUUCGGGUAGCCCAACUAGCCUUGCUGUUCUUGAGCAGACAGCUCAGCAGGCAGCUGGAUCAGCACUAGGACAGAUUCUUCCCCCUUUACUGCCUUCAUCUGCUAGCAGUUCUGAGAUUCUUCCAUCACCUAUUUGCUCUCAGUCGUCUGGGACUAGUGGAGGUCAGAGUCCUGUAAGUAGUGAUGCAGGCUUUGUUGAACCCAGUUCUCUGCCAUAUUUGCACUUACACUCCAGGCAGGGCAGUAUGAUUCAGACUCUUGCAAUGAAAAAGGCUUCAAAGGGGAGGAGGCGGUUAUCUCCUCCUACUUUGCUGCCAAAUUCUCCUUCUCAUUUGAGUGAACUCACAUCUCUAAAAGAAGCAACUCCUUCCCCUAUUAGCGAGUCUCAUAGUGAUGAGACCAUUCCCAGUGACAGUGGAAUUGGAACAGAUAAUAACAGUACAUCAGACAGGGCAGAGAAAUUUUGUGGACAAAAAAAGAGGAGGCAUUCUUUUGAGCAUGUUUCUCUGAUUCCCCCUGAAACCUCUACAGUCCUAAGUAGUCUUAAGGAAAAACAUAAACAUAAAUGUAAGCGCAGGAAUCAUGAUUACCUCAGCUACGACAAGAUGAAAAGGCAGAAACGAAAACGGAAAAAGAAAUACCCCCAACUGAGAAAUAGACAGGAUCCAGACUUUAUUGCUGAUCUGGAGGAGUUAAUAAGUCGUCUAAGUGAAAUUCGAAUCACCCAUCGAAGUCACCAUUUUAUACCUCGAGACCUUCUGCCAACUAUUUUUCGAAUCAAUUUCAAUAGCUUCUAUACACAUCCUUCUUUCCCCUUAGACCCGUUGCACUAUAUUCGAAAACCCGACUUAAAAAAGAAGAGAGGGAGACCUCCUAAGAUGAGGGAGGCGAUGGCUGAAAUGCCUUUUAUGCAUAGCCUUAGUUUUCCACUCUCGAGUACUGGAUUUUAUCCCUCUUAUGGCAUGCCUUACUCUCCUUCACCCCUUACAGCUGCUCCCAUAGGACUAGGUUAUUAUGGGAGGUAUACCCCCACUAUUUACCCACCUCCUCCCUCUCCAUCUUUCACUACUCCACUUCCACCUCCUUCCUAUAUGCAUGCUGGUCAUUUGCUUCUCAAUCCUACUAAAUACCAUAAGAAAAAGCAUAAACUACUUCGUCAGGAGGCCUUUCUUACAACCAGCAGAACUCCCCUUCUUUCCAUGAGUACCUAUCCCAGUGUCCCUCCUGAGAUGGCCUAUGGUUGGAUGGUUGAGCACAAACAUAGACAUCGUCACAAGCACAGAGAACACCGUUCUUCUGAGCAACCCCAAGUUUCCAUGGACACUGGCUCUUCCAGAUCCGUCCUGGAAUCUCUGAAACGCUAUCGAUUUGGGAAGGAUACUGUUGGAGAGCGCUAUAAACAUAAGGAUAAACACCGGUGUCAUAUGUCCUACCCUCAUCUCUCUCCUUCAAAAAGCUUAAUAAACAGAGAAGAGCAGUGGGUUCACCGAGAACCUUCAGAAUCUAGUUCAUUGACCUUGGGAUUGCAGACACCUUUACAGAUUGACUGUUCAGAAAGUUCUCCAAGUUUAUCCCUUGGAGGAUUCACUCCCAACUCUGAUCCAGCCAGCAAUGAUGAACAUACAAACCUUUUCACAAGUGCAAUAGGCAGCUGCAGAGUUUCAAACCCUAAUUCCAGUGGCCGGAAGAAACUAACUGACAGCCCUGGACUCUUUUCUGCACAGGACACUUCAUUAAAUAGGCCUCACAGAAAGGAGCCACUGCCUUCCAGUGAAAGGGCAGUCCCGACCUUGACAGGGGCCCAGCCAGCCUCCGAUAAGUCUUCCCACCGACCUUCAGAGAGCACAAACUGCAGCCCUACUCGGCGGAGGUCUUCAUCUGAAAGUACUUCUUCCACAGUGAAUGGAGUUCCCUCUCGAAGCCCAAGAUUGGUUGUUUCUGGGGAUGAGUCUGUUGAUAGUUUACUACAACGGAUGGUACAACAUGAAGACCAAGAUCCCCUGGAGAAAAAUAUUGAUGCUGUGAUUGCAUCUGUCUCUGUGCCACCUUCCUCCAGCCCAGGUCAUAUCCACAAUAAGGAGAGAACCCUGAGCAAAUCAGACAGCCUUCUAGUGCCUGCAGUCCCUAGUGAUUCUUGCAGUAAUAGUAUCUCGCUGCUUUCUGAAAAGUUGCCAAGCAGCUGUUCCCCCCAUCACAUCAAAAGAAGCGUUGUGGAAGCUAUGCAGCGCCAAGCUCGAAAAAUGUGCAAUUAUGACAAAAUCUUGGCCACCAAGAAAAACUUGGACCAUGUCAAUAAAAUUUUAAAAGCCAAAAAGCUACAAAGACAGGCCAGGACAGGAAAUAACUUUGUGAAACGCAGGCCAGGUCGACCUCGGAAAUGUCCCCUCCAGGCUGUUGUAUCAAUGCAAGCAUUCCAGGCUGCUCAGUUUGUCAACUCAGAAUUGAAUGAAGUUGAAGAAGGAACAGCACUUCACCUUAAUCCUGAUACAGUUACAGAUGUCAUUGAGGCUGUUGUUCAGAGUGUGAACCUAAAUCCAGAACAUAAAAAGGGAUUGAAGAGGAAAAGUUGGCUUUUGGAUGAACAGACCAAGAAAAAGCAGAAGCCAUUCCCAGAAGGAGGAGGAGGUGAAGAAGAGAAUACUAAAAGCUUCUCUGAUGCAGCAGUUGAGAUUCUCAGUCCUCCAGAAGUCCCAGCAAAACCAUCUGAACCUGAAAAUACCUUGCAGUCUGUGCUUUCUCUCAUCCCAAGAGAAAAGAAGACCCCACGUCCCCCAAAGAAGAAAUAUCAGAAAGCGGGGCUAUAUUCUGAUGUUUACAAAACUGCAGACCCAAAGAGUCGGCUGAUCCAAUUAAAGAAAGAGAAGCUGGAAUACACUCCAGGGGAACAUGAAUAUGGAUUAUUUCCAGCUCCUAUUCAUGUUGUUCAGGUUGUAGGUGACUAUCCCAGCAGCUCGGUGUGCAAGGCAGAAAGCAGCCCUGGACAGAACACCCCUUCAUCACAGGCUGCACUCACACCCAGAAAAUAUCUCAGACAAAAGAGAAUUGACUUCCAGCUUCCUUAUGAUAUCCUUUGGCAGUGGAAGCAUAAUCAGCUAUACAAAAAGCCAGAUGUCCCACUAUAUAAAAAAAUCCGUUCAAAUGUGUAUGUUGAUGUCAAACCCCUUUCUGGCUAUGAGGCAACCACCUGUAACUGUAAGAAGCCAGAUGACGACAUUAGGAAGGGUUGCAUGGAUGACUGCCUCAACAGAAUGAUCUUUGCUGAGUGCUCCCCUAACACAUGCCCCUGUGGUGAGCAGUGUUGUAACCAGAGGAUACAGAGACAUGAGUGGGUUCAGUGCCUAGAACGAUUUCGAGCUGAGGAGAAAGGCUGGGGAAUCAGAACCAAAGAACCCCUGAAAGCUGGGCAGUUCAUCAUUGAAUACUUAGGGGAGGUUGUCAGCGAACAGGAGUUCAGGAACAGGAUGAUUGAGCAGUAUCAUAAUCACAGUGACCACUAUUGUUUGAACCUGGAUAGUGGGAUGGUGAUUGACAGUUACAGAAUGGGAAAUGAGGCUCGAUUCAUCAACCACAGCUGUGAUCCAAACUGUGAAAUGCAGAAAUGGUCUGUUAAUGGGGUUUACCGGAUUGGACUCUAUGCUUUGAAAGAUAUGCCAGCUGGUACUGAACUCACUUAUGAUUACAACUUUCAUUCCUUUAAUGUUGAAAAACAGCAACUGUGUAAAUGUGGCUUUGAAAAGUGUCGAGGGAUCAUCGGAGGCAAGAGUCAGCGCAUGAAUGGACUCACCAGUAGUAAAACUAGCCAGCCUAUGAACACACAUAAAAAAUCUGGACGGUCAAAAGAGAAGAGGAAGUCUAAACACAAGCUGAAGAAAAGGAGAGGCCACCUCUCUGAGGAACCCAGUGAAAGCAUCAACACACCAACAAGACUGACCCCCCAAUUACAAAUGAAGCCAAUGUCCAAUCGAGAGAGGAACUUUGUAUUAAAGCAUCAUGUGUUCUUGGUCCGAAAUUGGGAGAAGAUUCGGCAAAAACAGGAAGAAGUAAAGCACACUAAUGAUAACAUUCAUUCAGCAUCAUUAUAUACUCGAUGGAAUGGCAUGUGUAGAGAUGAUGGGAACAUAAAGUCUGAUGUCUUCAUGACCCAAUUCUCCGCCUUACAGACAGCUCGAUCUGUUAGAACAAGACGGUUAGCAGCUGCAGAGGAAAACAUUGAAGUGGCUCGGGCAGCCCGCCUAGCCCAGAUCUUCAAAGAGAUCUGUGAUGGAAUCAUCUCUUAUAAAGAUUCUUCUCGACAAGCACUGGCAGCGCCACUUUUGAACCUCCCCCCAAAGAAAAAGAAUGCGGAUUAUUACGAGAAGAUUUCUGAUCCCCUAGAUCUUGUCACCAUAGAGAAGCAAAUCCUCAUUGGUUAUUAUAAGACAGUGGAAGCAUUUGAUGCUGACAUGCUCAAGGUCUUUCGGAAUGCUGAGAAGUACUACGGGCGUAAAUCUCCAAUUGGACGGGAUGUUUGCCGACUUCGAAAGGCCUACUACAACGCCCGGCAUGAGGCAUCUGCGCAGAUUGAUGAGAUUGUGGGAGAGACAGCUAGUGAAGCAGACAGCAGUGAGACCUCAGUCUCUGAGAAGGAGAAUGGGCAUGAAAAGGAUGAUGAUGUUAUCCGCUGUAUCUGUGGCCUCUACAAGGAUGAAGGUCUUAUGAUCCAGUGCGACAAGUGCAUGGUGUGGCAGCACUGUGACUGUAUGGGUGUGAACUCAGAUGUAGAACACUACCUUUGUGAGCAGUGUGACCCAAGGCCCGUGGACCGAGAAGUGCCCAUGAUCCCUCGGCCCCACUAUGCCCAACCUGGCUGUGUUUACUUCAUCUGUUUGCUCAGAGAUGACUUACUGCUUCGUCAAGGUGACUGUGUAUACCUGAUGCGGGACAGCCGCCGCACUUCUGAUGGCCACCCAGUCCGUCAGUCCUAUCGAUUAUUAUCUCAUAUCAAUCGAGAUAAGCUUGAUAUAUUUCGCAUUGAGAAACUUUGGAAAAAUGAAAAAGAAGAACGAUUUGCCUUUGGUCACCAUUAUUUCCGUCCCCAUGAAACCCACCACUCUCCAUCCCGUCGCUUCUAUCACAAUGAACUAUUUCGAGUACCACUGUAUGAAAUCAUUCCUUUAGAGGCUGUUGUGGGGACUUGCUGUGUGUUAGAUCUUUAUACAUACUGUAAAGGGAGACCCAAAGGAGUGAAGGAACAAGAUGUUUACAUCUGUGAUUAUCGACUUGACAAGUCAGCACACCUGUUUUACAAGAUUCACCGAAACCGCUAUCCUGUCUGCACCAAACCCUAUGCCUUUGACCACUUCCCCAAGAAACUAACUCCCAAGAGAGAUUUCUCACCUCAUUAUGUCCCAGACAACUACAAGAGGAACGGAGGGCGCAGAUCAUCCUGGAAGUCUGAGCGCUCAAAGCCACCGCUGAAAGACCUGGGCCAGGAGGAUGAUGCCCUGCCCUUGAUUGAAGAGGUGCUGGCCAGUCAGGAGCAAGCAGCCAAUGAGAUGCCUGGCCUAGAAGAACGUGAACAGGAAGGGGGCACUACUGACAUCAGUGAGAAUGAGAAAAAAACCGAGGAAAAUAGUCAAGAACCCCAGCCAGCCUGCACCCCUGAGGAAAGGCGUCAUAAUCAGCGGGAACGUCUCAACCAGAUCUUGCUCAACCUCCUAGAAAAAAUACCUGGAAAGAAUGCCAUCGAUGUGACCUACUUGCUGGAGGAAGGCUCAGGCAGAAAACUUCGAAGGCGCACUUUGUUUAUGCCAGAACAUAGCUUUCGGAAGUGAGCCUGAAUGGAGUUGGAACCUCAAGCAUCUGGGAUCCAGUGAAGCGAGCUGUCCUGCCUCCUGUUCUGAGUGGACGAGUGGGAAGGGUUCAUCCAGCCAGCGGGAUGGGUUGUGUCCCUGACAUUAGGUACUUAGUAAAUCUUAGAGGUGUAGUGGAGAGGAAGAGGAGGGGGAUCUGUCAAAAUAGUUCAGUUUGUUUUCCUCUCCAUUGCUUUACCCUGAGGAUUAGUGAUAUCUGAAGAUGGGUAGAACACAUUGAGGAUGACCAGAACUUUGGUACUUUACAGCACUUGCUCUCCUCCCAGCUUGGGUUUUUCUGUGUCAUCCUCUGAUCCCACAGGCACUGCUAAGAAGCUGAUUCCUCUGCCCAGGUAUGUAUAGCUCAAUCCAGAAGGGUAGUAGGUAGAGUCAGGGUGCUCCCCUGUACCCCAUCAAUUGUCUAUAGGCUCCAAGAGCUGAUCCAAGACCUAAAAUAGAAAAGGCACUGGGAUUCUCUUUCCAGAUAUCUGACAUGGGAAGUUUCUCUCUCCUUGCCCAAAAACAGGUUAAAAAAACAUGAGUUGACAACUCAAAGCACUUAUAACUGCUGCCCAUCUCCCUACCUCUAAUCCCCAAAAUAGAAUCAUGGAAUAGGGAAGGCCCCCAUGGGGUCAGAAGGGCACAGUACUUAUUGUAAUUAUUUUUGUUUUAACCUACAUAAUCUGCCAGACAUAUUUUUUUCUAAUGAGAAGCCAGGCCCCGCCAGCAUUUUUGCUGUUCACGCGCUGCCGUGGUUCUUGUGUGUCUGUUGUGCUGUGCGAAUGGAGAUUUAUUUCAGAAUCAAAGCAUUUAAAAACCUACAUGAACUCUAACCCCUCUCCCAACCCCAACAAAAAUCACUACAUAAACUGUUGAACAGUAUUCACCUAUCAGAGUAUUUGUUGUGAAUGUAUAAUAUCAAUUGAAAACACUACUUGUUUUCUUGUACAGUUUUCAGUGUCCAUCUCUUAAAGAGACAGUGUGUUCUCCCCACCCCAGUUCCACUUUCCUCCACCCUCUGAGUGAUGGAGUCUUCAAGAGGGACCCAGGGUGUCUCCUUCCUUCCCAUUCUCUUGACCAGAAGUUACCAGGCAAUACUGUCUCUUUAAAAUGAAAUUUUAAAGCUUUGCUUUGUUGUCUUCUCAGACAUACAUAUGCAUAUAUGUUUUAGAGGUUCUUAUAAGAGAGAAGAUGGUUUUUUGUGCCAAGUUGUGUGUGUGUGUGUGUAUAUAUAUAUGUAUGUGUGUGUGUGUAUAUAUAUAUAUAUAUAUAUACACAUAUAUAUAUAUCUGCCACGUGAUUAGUAAGCAAUAUAAUAGUAAACAUAUCCCCAUUACUUUUUUCUAAUAUUGGACCAAUGCAGUCCUAAUUGUACAUUUCCCCUUAAGAUGACGACACUCUGACUUGUUUAGGUAGAAACAUUGACCACCUCCAUUCCAUUGAAUCUUUUUUUUUUUCCUUUCUCUCCUUCCUGUAUCAAUCUUGAGGGGAAAAAAAAUACAAAUCAAAAGAGGUGGGAUGUCAAAGAUCCCCUUGAGCAGAGAAAAAACAGAAUAAAUGAAUAAAUAUUUUAUUAAAGAUAAAAGAGAAUUAAGAAAAUAGUUUGGAGUAUUUUCUUACUGUAGAGAAGCACUGUACAUUACUAAGAGACCUGGGUAUAAGAUACUCAUGUAUGGAGCUGGAGAAAUCGCAUGUCCAAGCCCGUUUGAGUGGUUUCUUUUGGUUUUCAUUGCAGGGAGCCGGGUGGGAGGGAGGUGGGGAUAGGGGCACUUUGGGAGUCUCCUUUUAGUCAAAGGCAGGAAAAUGACAAGAAAGAGAUUAAAAUUCAAUAUUUCCUUUAAUAGUGUUAAACACUAAAAUUUUAAAAAAGACAAAAAAAUGAAAAAAAAUUUGUAAAAUGUAAGAACAGAAGCAAAAGAUACUACGCUCUGUCAUUUUAUCUUUCUUUUGUUGAAAGACUAAAAACUGAAAUGUUUUUUAGACAAUCAAAUGUUAGGUAAGUGCAAACACUUGUUUUUUCUUACUGGUGUAGAAAUCAAUGCCUUUUUUAUUUUUCAGUUAUUUUAUAAUAACGGAAUAAAAAGAGUCCCCGGGCGGGUUGUGGUGUUUGAAAUGCGGGGCAAAGCACUACAUCACUGCGAGUAGAUCCGGAGUUAGUCUGCAUGUCUGUAGGCUGUGUGAUUGCGGAAAAUAUAAAUGCUGCUAAUAUAUUUCCUUUUUACAAAAGCAUAUCUAAAUAGAUGAUUGUUUUGAUGUUAAUCUUUGUAAAUUAUGUAUUACCAAUUUUAACAUUGGAUGUAAUUGCAUAAAAAGCUUGCAUCUCAAUCCUUGAAAGUCUAGUAUUAAAUGGAAAAACUUUUCCUAACUGUA